GUGAUCCCUGCCGUUGCUAUAUAAUUGCCUGCAUCCGACGUUUUCGGCUGCAGCAGCGUCUGCCGCUUCGGAUUGCACUUCCAGUGCAAGCACAAAGAGCAAGAGCACGACUCCUGCAGCAACAGCCAUGCAAUCGUUACUCGUCCUCGCCCUGCUCCACCUCAACCAGGCCUUCCACGCGCCGCGCAGCAAACCAGUAUUGCGCGCCGCGCCGCUCCAAGCUACGGACUCGAGCGUGUGCGCGCUGCUCUCCCUGAACGCGCGGGGCGUCACGAAGCGCGCCGUCGCGGCCGCCGAAGAGGAAUUGGGCGCCGAGAACGUGUUCGCGACGAAGUCGCUGACCGAGGCGCACGUCGCCGCGAAGAAAAUUUAUGAGAGGCGCUACGCGACGGUCGUGGCGUGUGGGGGAGACGGGACCCUCGGGGCUCUCCUAAGGGACCUGAGCCAGGAAUAUGCGAGUAUAGACGACCUGCCGGCGAUUUGUACGUUGCCGCUGGGCACCGGCAAUGCCGUUUCGAGGUACGCCCUAGGCCGCCAUUACAGACGGUGGUGCGGGUCGAAGGGCGUGCGCAGGGCCUGUGCUGCUUUGAAGCAUGGAGUCAACGCCACGUUGUCCGUGCCCGUCCUGUCGACCGACCAGAACGAACUUUGUUUCAUCGCGGGCCAGGGCUUCGAUGCGUUCCUGUUGGACGACUACAAGCGCCAGGCGAAGGCCACGCAGAACACGAUCAUCGGGCCGCUCAUGAGGAGCGUAGGGGGCUAUUUCUUCGCGAUGGCGCUCCGGACGCUGCCCGCGUACUUGAGAAGGAAGAGGCAGAUGCGCGUCCGAGUGGAAGCCUUAUCAGAGUGCGCCUACGUCGAUCCGCGGCGCGGCGACGCGGCGAUCCCCGUCGAGACGGGUUUGUUAUAUGAAGGGAGCGCGACGCUCGCGUGCGCCGGAAGUACCCCGUUCUACGGCGGCGGCAUGCGCCUCUUCCCCUUCGCGCGCUCCGACAAGGGGGGCGGCGGCUGCCAUUUGCGCAUCGCGGUCAUGUCGCCCUGGCGCUUCGUCCCGAACGUUUAUGGUAUUUUCAAAGGGACCUACCGCCACGACACGCUGGCCCUGGACUUCGUGGGCGACGACUUCCGGGUGACGCUCCUCGACGACGAGUGCUACCCGUUCCAGCACUCGGGCGACGCGGCGGGCGACCGGCGCGCGUGGCGCAUCUCCGUCGCCGGCAACGCGCGCUUCGUCGACCUGCUGGGCCUGCCGGCGCCGCUGGCUGGUUUGGAGAUGGUCGGGGCGCGGCACUAGGGCGUUGUAAGUCCGGACCCGUACGCAAGCUUUUUGGUAGGCCACUUCCCAAACACGAAUUGCUGCUCUGCUAACACGAAUUGUAGACGCAGCCGACUCGUUGCGCCGCGUGAAAUCGGUGGAGACUUUGCUGGUGCAGGCCUGCGGGCAGCGGUUGCGCCGCGCGCCGCCGUAACGCGCACAAACAAGCCCAAACACAUAUUCACC